AGCUCUUUUUGGAUGCAGGAGGGGGCAUCUGGUUCUGCUAGGCUGGAAAGCUGAGGCAGGAUUUGAGGAAGAAUCAUUAGACUCCGGAGAGCCUGGACUCGUUUCUCCUCCUCCCCCCUCUCUGCUUCUGGCUUGCUCCAUCCCCUUUCCGUCUCCCCACACCACCGCCUGAGACCCGCUGGUGUGCGGGGCGGGGGACAAGGACCGUGCCUCUGCUGGAGUUCUGGGAAGUUGUGGCUGUCGAGGAUGGGGGUCUGUGGGUACCUGUUCCUGCCCUGGAAGUGCCUCGUGGUCGUGUCUCUCAGGCUGCUGUUCCUUGUACCCACAGGAGUGCCCGUGCGCAGCGGAGAUGCCACCUUCCCCAAAGCUAUGGACAACGUGACGGUCCGGCAGGGGGAGAGCGCCACCCUCAGGUGUACCAUAGAUGACCGAGUCACCCGGGUAGCCUGGCUAAACCGCAGCACCAUCCUCUAUGCUGGGAAUGACAAGUGGUCCAUAGACCCUCGUGUGAUCAUCCUGGUCAACACACCAACCCAAUACAGCAUCAUGAUCCAGAACGUGGAUGUGUAUGAUGAGGGCCCAUACACCUGCUCUGUGCAAACAGACAACCACCCGAAAACUUCCCGGGUCCACCUCAUAGUGCAAGUUCCUCCCCAGAUCAUGAAUAUCUCCUCAGACAUCACUGUGAAUGAGGGAAGCAGUGUGACCCUGCUGUGUCUUGCUAUUGGCAGACCAGAGCCAACUGUGACAUGGAGACAUCUGUCAGUCAAGGAAGGCCAGGGCUUUGUGAGUGAGGAUGAAUACCUGGAAAUCUCUGACAUCAAACGUGACCAGUCUGGGGAGUAUGAAUGCAGCGCCUUGAAUGAUGUUGCCGCACCUGAUGUGCGGAAAGUAAAAAUCACUGUAAACUACCCUCCCUAUAUCUCAAAAGCCAAGAACACUGGUGUCUCUGUUGGUCAGAAGGGUAUCUUGAGUUGUGAAGCCUCUGCAGUGCCUAUGGCUGAAUUCCAGUGGUUCAAGGAAGAUACCAGGCUAGCCACCGGCCUGGGCGGCGUGAGGAUUGAGAACAAAGGCCACAUAUCCACUCUGACUUUCUUCAAUGUUUCAGAAAAGGAUUAUGGGAACUAUACUUGUGUGGCCACAAACAAGCUUGGGAACACCAAUGCCAGCAUCACACUGUAUGAAAUAAGCCCCUCAUCAGCAGUGGCAGGGCCUGGAGCAGUCAUUGAUGGUGUAAACUCGGCCUCUAGAGCACUGGCUUGUCUCUGGCUAUCAGGGACUCUCUUUGCCCACUUCCUCAUCAAGUUUUGA